UCUUUCCACGUGCUAUGAGCAGGAAGCGCAAGCAGCGGCCGCCUCCUUCCACCGAGGCUGCGGGCGGCGACCCGCUGGCCGCCACGCUUGCCCGCUGGCUCAAGAGCCGCGGCGUCGUCUGGUCUAGCGCGCGCGUCGCGACAACGAGGGAGGGCGUGGUGGCGGGCUACGGCUGUGUCGCGCUCCAGCCUCUGCGGCGAGGCGAGGAGCUCUUCCGCGUGCCGCGCGCCGCGUGCCUCGGCGCAACCUCCGCGGGCGCCGACGCGGACGGCACGGACGGCGACUGUCAGCGGCGCCUCGCCCUCGCGCUUCUCGAGGCCACUGCCGACUGGGCGCCGUUCCUCGCGAUGCUGACGCCGGCGCGGUGCCCGUGGGUGUGGAGCGAGUCGGAGCGGCGGCAGCUCGACGGCACGGAGCUCGAGCCCGUCGUCGAGGCCAAGCUCCGCGCGCUCGCCGAGGAGCACGCCUCGCUCCCGCAGGCCGUGGCGGAAGCCUGCGGCGCGGAGCGGUACGCGGAGCUCUGCGCGCUCGCCGCGUCGCACGCCAACCCGUGGUGGGGCGGCUGCAUCGCCCCCUUCAACACGACGCUCAACUGGGCGCGCCGGCCAAACGUCUCCUUUGAGCCGCGCGGCUCGAAGUGGGUGGUGGGCGUCGCGACGAGGCGCAUCCGCGCGGGCGAGGAGCUGACCCAGGCCUACGGCGGCGCCACGGCACGCCCUCGCCAUGCCUGCCUCGGAUGUGCCUCGGAUGGCAGUCGUGCCGCGCCACCUGACGUGCCUGGCGCUGCGGACUUGGGCGGCGGGGAGGAGGGCGGCGGUUCUUCCCGGCUGGUGCGGGAGCGAAGCGGUGCGCUCGAGCGGAGCGGCGCCGUCGAGCCCAGCCCGUGGGACGGCGUCGACCAGCUCACAUUCGAGCUCGGUCCGCGCGGCGAGGGCACUGCUCGGCUGGUGGCUGCCGCCGCGGUCGCCGACAGGGAGGCCGCCCUCGGCCUCGCUCCGACCAUGUCUCGGCUGCAAGGCGUCAGUGCCGAGGUGCACUGCGUCUGCUCCCGCCUCCGCGCGUGCGAGCGGUCCGUCCUGCGCUCCGCGGCCGACGCGCUUUCCGCCCCGCCCGAGGCGGCGGUGUCGGCGCGCUUGUUCGGGUGACGCCAGCUUGUUCGGGGAGGGGGGGGACGGUGUGCCAAAAAGAAAAUCGGGCCCUCUCUUCUCCU